CUAGCAGAACGCGUCCGUUUUUACGUAGUACAGCAAACCGCGUCUUCAGCUUAUGGAUUUUAUCACACAAACACUUCGGCUACUAUUAAUCUAAUGAAGUCGACCUUCCACCAGAAUUUAGAUACCGAACCCCCAAUAUAAGCGCAUUCCUCUGAAAUGACCUCUUAAUCCGAUCACCCCGACAUCCUCUCGAAAUCAAGCCCGGUUUCCCGAUUAUCUAACUACCUAUUCUCAAUCAUGCCGUCUCUAGAACCCCGCCGUCGAUCGAGAGCCCGCUUCGAAGAAGAGAACGAUGAACAGUCUUCAGUAGCGGAAUCACCAAAACGGCAGAGGCGUGAUACAAAUGGCGCUUUAUCAGAUGAAGAUGGAGAUGAUCAAAGCAAGCAGGGCGUUUCGCGACAGAGACGGAUUAAGAGAUCGAGCUCGCCGUCGGGCCUCCCCCAUGAGAAUAGCACAGGGGAAUUCCAAACUGGUGCUAUAGUCAGGGUUUUGGUCGAGGAUUUUGUCACCUACGAACAUGCCGUGUUCAAUCCAGGCCCGAAUCUCAACAUGGUCAUUGGUCCAAACGGUACUGGCAAGAGUUCACUGGUCUGUGCCAUAUGCCUUGGGUUAGGUUUCCACCCAAAACAUCUCGGCCGGGCGAGCAACGUGGGAGAGUUUGUAAAGCAUGGAAAAGACACCGCUAUUGUCGAGAUUGAACUACAAGGCCGACCGGGCGAGCUAUCCAACCAUGUAAUCCGCCUACAGAUUCGGAAGGAGGAUAACAAGACGAAGUGGUGGAUCAAUGGGAAAGAGAGUACGCAUACUGCUGUUAAAACCCUUACGAGUGAUUUGCGCAUUCAAAUCGACAACCUAUGUCAAUUCCUGCCCCAGGAUAGGGUGGCCGAGUUUGCCGGUCUUACUCCUAUACAACUUCUCCACGAGACCCUACGAGCUGCUGCACCCGAACAGAUGAUCAUUUGGCACAACCAACUGAAGGAGCUACAUAAGAAGCAUAAAGAGGUCAAAAGUAGACUUGACGCCUGCGCCGAGACUUUGAAAGGCCACGAGACACGCCAACAGGGAUCGCAGGCCGACGUAGAUAGACUUCGCGAAAGAGAAGCGAUCCAGAAGAGGAUCAAAGACCUCCAUAAUGCCCGUGCCAUUGCUGAAUAUAAUAACCUUCGUCGCAUAGUAAGCGACGCGAAACAAAGGAGCAAAGAUGCGGUCAAGAGGCUACAGGAGCUGGAAGAAGCGUGUGGACCUGCCCUACAGGCUGUCAAUCGAAAGCAGGAAUAUCGGCAACGAAUCGAAGCCGUAGUCGGGGAGCGAAAGAAUGCGUUGAAGAAUGCUGAGGCUGCAUGCGAUCGACUUUUGCAGAAUAUCGAGGCCCAAGAAGAACAGAUAAAGCAUAUUCAAAACAAGAAGGUUGCAGAGGAAGGGUCUCAUAACUCCAAGCGAAAUGAUCUCGCAAAAAUACGCAGGACGAUUACGGAUCUCGAGGCUAAAUUGCAGAACAAGCCCCCGGAGUUUGUUGCUUCUGAUUGGAAUCAGAAAAUUCGACAACAAGAGCAUAUACUGCGUGAAAAUGAAGCAGAGAAACGUACAUUACGUAGUCAACUCGACGAUCUGAAGGAUAAAAAUUCUCGGAAGAAUCAAGAGAGGGAACAAUACGAAAAGGACUUGGAAGCUCUAAACUCUCAAGAGGGUCAGAAACUUGUUCAUUUGAAAAAAGUCCACCAAGAUGCUGCGAAAGGUUGGGAAUGGCUCCGAGAGAAUCAAAAUGAGUUCGAGAAGGAGGUCUUUGGUCCGCCAAUGCUCAACUGUUCCAUCACAAAUCCGCAGUAUUCGGAUCAAAUCCAGUCGCUCAUCUCUAGGGAUGACUUCUUUUGCUUCACCUGCCAAACUCGUAACGACCACAAAAAGCUAAGCGCACAGUUCUUUAAUAAGCUAGGCAUUUCAGUAACAAUCAGGACUUGUGGUAGCGAGUUCUCCUCAUUUCGACCGGUCAUUCCUAAGGAACAAAUUCGCGAGAUGGGUCUUGACGCAUACGCCAUUGAGUAUCUAGAAGGCCCGGAGCCAGUUCUCGCGAUGCUCUGUUCCGAGAGGAGGCUACACACCUCCGGAGUUGCUCUUCGGGAUAUCAGUAAUGAGCAAUAUGAACUGAUAGCAAGCUGUCAGGGGAUAGCCAGUUGGGCCUCUGGCCCCUUUACGUAUCGUAUUACGAGGCGCAGGGAAUAUGCCAAUGCAGUCUCAACUUCUACGAGAAAAGUUCAGCAGGGCCAGUUCUGGACAAACCAACCUGUUGACCAGGCUGAAAGAAAUGCGCUGCAAAGACGUAUUGACGAAGCGAAUGAAGAGUUACGGGAGAUACGAGCACAGGGACAUGAAAUUAAGAGACGUAUCGCAGAACUAGACGAGGCUGUAGAGCCGACCCGCCAACAAAUAGACGUACUUAGGAGAGAGAAGAACGAGUUGCAGAAAGCUGCCACGCUAUAUGCAACGCUUGGAGAUAAAAUCGCAACGGAGAAGAGAGCCCUAGAAAACACGCAGAAAGACCUUCUAGAAUGUCGAAAGCGAAUAUUUGAAUAUAGCGCCCAAGAGGACCAGCUCGUUAUCGAGAAGGCUCGGUCCGUUCUGAAACAUAAAGAACAGCUUCCUCAGAUCCGCGAUGCCCACCAAGCAUUGCUAGAGGCUCAGAUCCGCCUUAUUGAAGCCGAGUCGGAUGUCAAAGGUUUGGAAGAACAAAACUCCAAUAUCAAGCAACAGCUUGAUGAGAAGAGAGACGAGAUCAAAAACGCCAAAGCCGAGAUGCUGAGGUUGAAAGAGGCAGCAAUUGAUGCCAAGCGUAAAGUAGAAGAAGCCGUUGACGACGGUGGCGAUGACCGACUCGCUUACCUGACCGGCUUAGCGGAGGAUAAAACCGCGGAGGAAGUCGAUCUCGAGAUCGGCGCCGAGUCUACUAAACUCGAGCUGAUUCACGGGGUCGACCCCGCGAUCCUACGACAGUACGAGAAGCGCGCGCAGGAUAUCCAAGAGCUGACGCGCAAGAAGGAGGAGCUGAACGCGAAGCUCGAAACGUAUGUCAGGAAGAUCAAGCAAGUCAUGGAGCAAUGGGAGCCCGGCGUCGACGACGUUGUCGGCAAGAUCAACGAUGCCUUUAGCUACAACUUCGAGCAGAUCAACUGCGCGGGCGAGGUCGGCAUUCACAAGGACGAGGACUUUGAGCAGUGGGCCAUCGAGAUCAAGGUCAAAUUCCGCGAAAACGAAACCCUCCAACAACUAAACCAACACCGCCAAUCCGGCGGCGAGCGCGCCGUCUCCACCAUCUUCUACCUCAUGGCGCUGCAGAGCAUGGCGCAGGCACCCUUCCGCGUCGUCGACGAGAUCAACCAGGGCAUGGACCCGCGCAACGAGCGCAUGGUGCACGAGCGCAUGGUCGAGAUCGCGUGUCGCGAGCACACGAGCCAGUACUUCCUCAUCACGCCCAAACUCCUCACCGGCCUGCGAUACGACGAGCGCAUGCGCGUGCUGUGCAUCGCGUCCGGCGAGCAUAUGCCCCCGGCGGAGGACGCGAAGAAGCUCGAUUUUGGCAAUUUGGUGAAGAUCCAGCGGAGGCUUGUUGCUCCGGCUGCGUAGACGAUGGGGUGGGUGUAUGUAUGGUUGCGAGGGCGCUGUAAGGAUUAGGUACCUACCUACAUAUAAGGGGUCCUGGUCCUCCUUGUAGGUAGGUAGUUGCAGUUCACGCGCUACUUUAGGUGCAUAAGUGUGUUUAUAAGGGAAUAACUAGAUAAAAAAGUACCUAGGUAUGUAUGAAUGCUAUUGUAGGAGUGGAGUUCUGAGGAAUGGCGAGGUGGUUGGUAGAUUUAUACCCUACUAAAGGAGUAAUGAAAAGGAAAAGGUAAAACGAAGGAUGGCAAGAAAUAAAUGGACUUAGGAGAAGUUCUCCGAAGGGAAGGGCUAGGUAGAUACUUCGAUACCAAUGCAUUGUUUACUUGC